GGCUGUAGAAUUACUACUGGCGGAAGUGAAGUUUUGUUGUCGGAACAAACUUGUGGUGCGAAUGUGCCAAGAUCAAACUGAAUGGGAAAUCAUGGAAUCUCAUACUAGUUGUGUUGUACUAAUCGUUGCUGCCAUCAUCAGCACAGCUUACUCUGAAAGACCCACCCGAUGGUGUGUGACGAGCGCAGAUGAGGAGAUCAAAUGUAAUCAACUGAAACAUGAGCUGGAAAUAGCUGUCAAGGAAAACAAGAUGAUACAAGAGCUUAUCCCUCGUCAGUUUCAGUGUGUCAGGACUUUCGAUGCCUUCAAUUGCAUGGACAUGAUAGAAAAAGAUGAAGCUGAUCUCAUCACUUUGGACUCAGGUCAGGGUUAUUUUGCUGGAAGACAACACAAUAUGAUGCCCAUAAUGGCAGAAGACUAUGCUGGUUCAGUUCCUGGAUCAAAGCCAUCCUACUAUGCUGUGGCAUUAUUCAGGCAGAGUGAUGCUGUGACCCUUUUGAAUUUACAGUCCAAAGCAGUCUGCUUUUCUGGUAUUGGAAUGAGUGCUGGAUGGGUGCAUCCUAUUGGAAGACUGCUCAAGGAUGGUUACAUCAGUGUCACCAAAUGCAACGCCAUUGUCAAGGCAGUGUCGAAUCACUUCAGGUCAAUGUGCUUACCUGGGGCUGUCAAUUCUUUUUAUAAUCCUUUUGGCAACAACCCAACAUCCGUAUGUGAGCUGUGCCGGGGUCACAACAAUGAGUUCUGUACAACGAGUGACCGUUACGCUGGUUACGAUGGUGCCUACCGCUGUGUUGCGGAGGGAGUUGGGCAGUUAACUUUCCUCAGGCACGACACCAUUUCUAUGAUGACUGGAAGUGUAAACGGGUCCACUUCUGACUCAUUUCGACUUCUCUGUCCUGAUGGAAGUACUGUCAAUGUGGGUGACUAUAUGAACUGCCAUUGGGGUGAAAUUUCUUCCAAUAUUAUCAUGACGUCUGCUGUCCGUGACCCCAGCACUGUGGAAAAAUACAAGAUUUUCUUAACUACUCUUGAGAGUCUGUUUGGUCCAAGUAGUACCAAAAAAUUCAAGUUGUUCAAAUCUGAAGAGCACUAUGAUGUGGACAUCUUCUCUCAGACUCUCUUUCGGAAGAAUUUAAUGUUCUCUGACAUGACAACGGGUUUCAGAGAAAUUGGAGACUACUCAUACUUUACUUGGGCUGGUAAAGAGUUCCAGUCGUACUUAACUGAAAUGAAUCGCUGCCCGUCAAGUGCAAUCAGCCUUUGUGUCACAUCAUAUGCAGAGAAGUUGAAGUGUGAGGAAAUGAUUAUGGCUUUUAAAGCCAAAAACCUUCAACCUGAGAUGGAUUGCCUGUAUGGAGGAAAUACUAGUAUGUGCUUGGAAAUGAUCUACCGCGGAGAUGCAGAUAUCAUUAAUCUUGAUGCUGGUGAUGUGUACAUUGCUGGGAGGCGCUAUGGUCUGGUACCAAUCAUUGCUGAAGACUACGGUGAUAUGACCAUGGAGUUCAAAGUUGUUGCAGCUGCUAGAAAAACUGAUAAGUCAACAACACUUUUCAACAUGAAAGGAAAACGAUCAUGCCAGCCUGGAAUUGGUCGGGGUGAUGGUUGGAUUAUUCCGCUUAAUAUUUACAUCGAGACAGAGCAGUUUUUACCAGAAGACUGUUCCAUUUUCAAAAAUAUAGGGGAGUUGUUUGUCAGGAGCUGCAUCCCUGGAGCCCUGGACACAGAGUACAAUCCUCAUGGACAGCCCAUCAACCUAUGUGAGGGAUGUGCAGCUGGGGGCUAUCGCAAAUGCCAGCGGAACAGUGAAGAACAGUACUACGGUGCCAGUGGGGCUUUCCGGUGCCUGGUAGAAAAGGGAGGAGAUGUUGCUUUUGUAAGACAUCUUACUGUUAGGGACAACACUGAUGGCAGAAACCAUGCCAUUUGGGCCAGAAACAGAAGAUCAGAUGAUUAUGAACUCAUGUGCAAGGAUGGCCGACGCCUUAAUAUUGAUCGUUUCCAGGAAUGCCAUCUGGGAAGUGUUCCUGCAAAUGCUAUCGUGACCUCAGCUGGUAAAUCAGCUGUACAAAAGGAAAUCAUCUGGAAUCUUCUCAAUUACGGACAGCAGUUUUUUUCUUCUGACAUUGAUGGAGAUUUCCACAUGUUUGACUCUGGUACCUGGUACACAGAUCUGAUUUUCACCGAUGCUGCUGUAAGAUUGAUGAGAAUUCCUGAAAACAAACAGAACUACAAAGACUGGUUGGGUCAGUCCUUCAUGGCACAGAUAGAGAACCUGCACAAGUACACAUGUGUCAAUCCUGACAGUGCCAUAUCUCUGAGCCCAAGUUUUCUGCUCCUUAGUGUUGUGGCUGUACUAACGGCUGUUUGUACGAGAUUAUAGUUAGAUUGUUAAUGCCAGAUACGUCUUUGAAAAGAGAGAACAGUUUUUACAUUUUAGAUUUAUGAAAUACCCGAAAAUUUAGAUGUACUUUGGAACAGAUAAAGACCUAAUUAGGUACUUUCGCGUACUAUAUAAACAAGCUAAGUAAAUGUGCUGUUGGUCGUUGUAAUUUACUUUUUGUGCAUUAUAAUGGUAGGAACACACAAAAUUCUGGAAUAUGUUGAAAAUUUAUUACAAUCUUUGGCCUCAAAUGAUAUGUUUGUGUUCUUUUGUAUAAUCACUGGUUGAAUAUGAUUAUUCUGAUAGAAUUUGUACAUUUUAAUUGUAGAUAUAUUCUUGUUUCUAUUGAAUGGUUGUUAUGUGUUAUGAGUGUGGUUUUCUUCCCUUUUAUUCGUUGAUGUUACCCAUAGAGUGAGCUUUGGGUCCAAUAGAAUUAUAGAGUCUGAUCUUCUUGUUCACACUACCUGUGGUUUAAUUGAAAACAAGCUCUUUAAAUCCAUGCGGUUCUUAACAGAUUCUACUAUGGGGAUAACCAUUCAAAACUUAACAAGAGAGCAUAUGAUUGAUGCCUUUCGUUAUUGUCUGAGAGUGGCUUUGUCUUUUUCUUACAUGUAGAUGAAAUGAGCUUUGGUCAGAUGGUGAAAGAGGCAAAAAAGGGAAAUGGUGUGUGUCUGAGUGUGUGGUAGUGGUAUGAUAUCAUAGAAUCAAUGUGGCAUAUUGUUUUGUCAGAUUUUUAAGCUUGGUUGAUUAUUUAUGACUGUCGGUGUGAUGUGCGUUGGCAAGUGGGUAUAGCAUGACAUCACGACUUGGUUAGAGUUGUAUUGUUUUUUUUUCAGGUCCAUUUUGUACAUAACCCUCAAAGCUUUAUAUAAUUACUAACAUAUUUUUAAUUCUAAUAAUACACAAGUUCUUUUGAAACCUAUACAGUGAUUAGUGAUACAUCUUAUAGCUCAUGCCAAAUCCUUACUGGUUUCUUUAUGGUGUGUGGUUGCUCAAGUCGUAGAAACUAAGAUGGCAUGAAAUCCUCAUCCUUGAAAAUUGUUCGCAGGAUAUGUUGCUGUUUUUUCUGUAUUACUCUCUUUGCACUCCCAAUUGACUCUUUCGCUGAUGGUGUUCUCAAAUUUAUUUUCAAGAUUGUGACAUUUAAUAGUUUUACAAGGUCUUAAAAUUUGUGUGUUGACUCUUUCCACCUAGCUAGCACAGAGUGCAUAACCUUUGUCCCCAUCAGCUUGGAUACAGAUGGGGUACAUCAGUACUAUACUUGUAUAUCUAGGCAUGUAUACCCCAAUUAGUAGGAAAUUGUCAGCAGACUGAUAAAAUUGAACGUGAUGAUCGCAUGUUCACCGAAAAAGGAAUAAGAAUUGGAUCUAAAACCAUUAGAUCUAACACAUUCAUCACCCGAAUCCUCAUCAAGACAUCGUUGAAAAGCAACACUUAUGCUUGGUCGACUAGCAGUUUAAAAAAACCCUCCAAAUUGUUGUAAACAAAUAAUUUUUGUGCAGAAAGGUCACACGAACCAUUCAGAAAGAAAAUUAUAACUUAAACAAGUGCACAUGUCUUACAGGAGAUCAUUUCUACAAUUUUUGUUGUUACUAUAUUACACAAUUGGCAUCCCGUGGGGGGGAAGGGGCGGCACCUUACCGUCGCCUGUUGGUGUCCUGAGGAGGCAAAGUGUUAAUCAUUGCUAUGUAAAGUUGAAUUUCAGUACUUUUGUUUUUGUGAAGUAUAUAAAAUUUGUUGAAUUUUAGAGCCAUUAUUGUAAAUAGCUUAUCAUUAACAAGAUUAAAAAAAUUAAGCUUAUACACUGUCUUGAAAAUAUGUACCUUAUGUUUCCAGAGUAAUUAAAACUUGAUUGUUGUUGCUUGAAAUGAAUGAGAGCAAAGGUGGUAUAAAAUGAAAAUGAAAAGUGAAUUAUGUCAGCUGCAAAUUGAAUGGCAGAUUUUAAAAGCUUUUAAUUCUUUGCAUAUAUAUGAAUGAUUCACAUGAUGAAUGUAUCAACUUGAUUGGUUAAAGCCGAUAAAAUAUCUGUAAGAGGCAAUGUAUAAAGGCAGUGUUUGAGAGUUCAGGAUGCACUAACAUCCUUUUAAUGAUGUGAAGGUCAUGUGUUCUAAUUCUGUAAGUUAAAGAGAAAUUUGAGUCGGAAUAUUGAUUUUCUGAACUCAUGUAUUCUACUACGCUGAGCUUUGGCAUACAGUUAACUAAAUUGUUAAGAAAGAGGAUGCAAUUCCCUAUUGUUUUGUGCUUUAAAAAAUCCCAGAACGAACAUAAAAAAAAAGGCACUCCCUCACUUUGUUGUGAAAGAAAAAGGAUCUCAGAAAUUUUGUCAUUUGUUUUUAAUGAAAGUCCAGGUAAUUUCUUCUCGAGUAUCAUAUUAGAUACAUUUUUAGAUGAGUUGUAAAUAUCAAUUUUACUGUGUGGAUCAUAUUCUUAAGGACCACUGUAUACUUUGGACAUUUUUUGUUUUAUUCAUUUCUUAUGUGUAAGUGCCUUUCUGUGUAGUUUCUGGUUGCUGACGAAAAAAUGAAAGUGUUUGAUGAAGAAAGUGAAGGCUUUUCUCUUUAUCUAAGGAGAAAGUACCUAAAUACAUGUAAUCACACUUUGAAAUAAAAAAAAAAAAUUUCCUUUAGCUACAGUCAGUUACAAUAAACUUUUGCAAAACAUGAUUGAUAAACAUCUGAAUCUGUCUUUAAAGAUUCUGUUUUGGACCUUGUUUAAGUGCUAAGAUAAUGACCCAAGUAAUUUUUUAAUCAGUUUGAGUAAAUCGUAAAAACACUUCCUGGUUUAUGUCUUCUCCUUGCACAAGGAAUUUUUUUUUUUUUAUAGUUUGAAAGUUUGUGGCACAUUCAUUUGGAUCAUGACUUGGUGGAAUCAGGUGCUCAUCAUUUUUUGGGGCAUAUAAAGUUAUUAUUAUUGUAUUAAGGCUGGUUCAUUUUUCUUGCUUUCGAUGAAAAAAUACCCAUCUCUCUUAAGAAGAAGUCAAGAUAUUUGCGAUUGAAAAAGGUGUGGGUUGUCUGGUGUCAGAGUUAACAUUUGGGAGAAAAGGGUUGCCAAAGUUUGGUGGCUUCCUUUGAAAACUACAAAUUUACAAUCUGGUUCCUUUAAUCAAUGUUUUUCCAAAAAAUCGAUCCAGAAAAGUGCUUUUAAUUUAAUGAACAUAAACGGUAUUGAGAUUGCCAAACCAGUAGAAAAACACCAGUUUCUUCAAAUUCAUUAUUUUGACAGGUGCCUGAUUUCACCACAAUGCCUCAUAUUUCAUAACCUAGUAGGCCAUAUUAUAAGACAUACUUUGGUUUGUUAGUUUGAUUUGGGCCUAAAUAAGUUUAAAGUCAAAGACUUGUAAGCACUUAUUUCCACUUUGGUUUGACUCUUAUUACUUAUUUACAUUGGUGCAGUAAGGAAGAAAAAUAGAAAAUUCCUGUCUGUAAAGACUUUCCAUCAUUCCUCUAUUUAUUUCAGAAUAUGUGUUUUGUCUACUAACCUGAACGUGCUGGCAUUUCACAAAAUUUUCCCUGAAGACUUAUUUUUAUGGCUCCACAGUUGAGGCAGCUCAUUAAUGAACUGUAAAGAUUCUUUUUCAAGUGCCAGAUCUGGCUCUUGAACUGUGUAAUACAUGCAAUGUUAUUCCACAAGCCCAUUCCAUUUUGUACAUUCCAUAAAGAACUUUGUCAUAAUAAAACCUUUUGUAAAAUU